AUGACGACAGCCGAUCCUCCGCUGGCGCGCGUCACCGACUGGGCCGGCCUGCCCGGCGAUCUCCGGGCGUGCGUGCGCGAGCUCCUCACCGCCGUCCCCGGCCGCGUAUGCUUCCGCGCGGUGUGCCGCUCGUGGCGGGCAGCCGACGGCCCCCACCCGGUGCCGAGGAUGCCGCCUCCGUGGCUGGUCCUCCCGCUCGGCACCGUGGGCUGCAGCGACGCCUUCACCCUGCUCUCCGUCCCGACCAUGCAGGCGUUCCGCUGGUCGCCGCCGGGCGGCGCGGGGCUCUUCGGCGUCGGCUCCAGCGGCGGGUGGAUCGCCGGGGCGUACAUCGACGCCGACCUCAAGAUCCGGCUCUCGCUGCUGAACCCGCUCACGGACGCGCGCGUCGACGUGCCGGCCCCCUUCGGUCGGGUCUACCACAUGCCCAGCGGCAGGAGGAGCGCGACGGAGGAGAUCUCGCUGUGCAACACUUUCCAGAAGGUGGCCUUCUCGCCGAGCCCCACCGAGCACGACUUCGCCGUCGCCGUGGUGACCCGAAGCCGCUCCGGCAAAGCCAUGGCGUUCGCCAGGGCUGGCUGCAACGAGGUGUGGCUGGCCGACCUCGGCCCCUUCGAACGCGGCGGCGACUACAUCAGGGCCCAGCGGGACGUCGCGUACCACGACGGCAAGUUCUACUACAUGACCAUGUCCGGCCAGGUGUGGGUGGUCGACAUGGCCGCGCCGUUCGCCACGUUCGAGCCCACGAUGCCCGGCCUCAUCAAGCGCCGCCACCACCUCGCCUUCACCGGCGACGGCGCGCUCCACAUCGUGUGCAGCUCGAUCCGGGAGCUCCACUCGUCCGACGGGAAUAUGCUCGCGCUACGUUACGCCCCGAGCUGCACUGCAGAACAAGGGUCGUCGUCGUCAACGUGGGCGCAAGUGACAUGCCUGCACGGCCAAGCCUUCCUCAUCGGCGACCUAAACCAGACGCUAUCCGUGCACGCGGACGGCGACGACGGAGCAUGGCUGAGGCCUGACUGCGUGUACUUCACCAACAUCCCGCUCUGCUCUCUCCUUGCACAAUCACGGGACUGCAGCUAUGGCCGUGCGUGGGUGUUGUACUUGGCCACCGGCGACAUUAGGAGGCCCGACUCUGCAACGGGGGAGCCAAGGAAUUAUAAGGUGGAGACACACUGGGCUCAGCGCUACCCUAAAUGCGUUUGGAUUAUGCCUUCCAUGCGAUGA